GGCCGUUCGAAACCGCUUGUCAAGAUGCAAUCUCAUCAAUAAUCUCGCAUCCCCAGACUCUCUCACUUCCCCAUUCUCAUCCUCAUAUACCCUCACUCACUCACUACCAUAUAAUAUCAUAAUGACAAUACUCAUCCUCCGUCCCGCCUUCAAACAUCCCCUGCGCCACAUCCAACGGCGCUUCCAAUCCUCACCCCCUAAAAAAGACCCGGUCCCUGUACCCGCCACCGUCGCCCCCCUUCCUUUAUGGCAGCGCCUGGGUCCUUUGACAACGGCUGUGCAGGCAUAUGCGCGUGCGCAGAAUAAGAGUCCUUAUAAAACGCAGGUUGCUACUGCGGUGGUUAUCUACAUCGCGGGGGAUUUGAGUGCGCAGUAUGUUGGUGGGAAUGAGUACGAUCCUGUUCGGACGUUGAGGAAUGCGGUUAUUGGGUGUGUUGCUGCUAUACCGAAUUAUAAGUGGUUCAUGUUCCUCUCCCACAACUUCAACUACUCCUCCCGCCUCCUCUCCCUCGCCACAAAAGUAACAGUCGGCCAAGUCGUCUUCACGCCAAUCUUCAACACAUAUUUCUUCGGCGCCCAAGCCUUGCUAUCAGGCUGUGACAUCCCGGGCACAAUCGAGCGCGUCAAAGACACCGUGCCAACCAGUAUUAUUAAUUCCUGCAAGUUAUGGCCCAUGGUCACGGCGUUUAGUUUCUCGUUUUUGUCGAUUGGGUGGAGGCCUUUGUUCCACGGUGUUGUGGCAGUUGGGUGGCAGACGUAUUUGAGCUUUUUGAAUAGGAUGGCGGAGGUUAAGGAGAGGGAGAGGCAUGAGAGGGAGGGGAGGAUGGAUGUUGGGGAGAGGGUUGGGUAUGUUGUUGCUGAGGCUGCUUGAGCAAUUGGAGAUGUUUCUUUUGUUUGGGUGGGAUAGACUUGGGUUAAUAGAAUAGAUAAAAUGGCGUUUAGGUCAAAUGGAUAAAUUUUAUAUAUCAUCCUCUGCAG